GUGCGCGUCUUAAAGGAUCACGUGACCAGACGCAGCGGGCUGACGGGAAGGACUCGUUGUUACCGACUAUCAGCCGCCGACCGCCGCUUUCGCCCUGAAGACGUCGGAGUAGGAAGACGAGAUGUGCACCAGCAUCCAGCCUGUUGAAUGGACCGCUGACCUCAAGAACCAGAACUUUGAUGGCAUCGUCUUGGUGACCAGGAGCCAUGACACGCUGCCCUCCGACCUCGAGUGUCUGAAAGCACCGCUGCAGGACUACAGCUCUGUGGACAGCGGUCUCGGCGAGGAGGUGGUGGUCCUGAAAGUCCCCGGUCUCCCUGGUAACCGCCUGGUGUUUGCCUCCACCGGCCCGCUGAACCGCGACUAUGACGACGUCCGGCGCUUCAGCGACGCGGCGCUCAGCGGCAUCAAGCGUGCCUUGAAGGCAGGCAUGCAGCGCCCCCUGCUGGUCUGCCCUCCUCACAAGGACUACAAGAACAGCUCGCUGGUGGCUGCACUCGGGGCCCUUCAUGCUCUCUACAUGCCCCUGGAAGUGAGGGAGGGGAAGGUGAAACCCGGCGACUACAAGGUGUGCGUCCUGGGUCUGUGGGCGGCGCAGGAGGCUGAGGGGCGGAGGCUGGUGGAGCUCGUCGAGGCCCUGGAGAGCGGAAGACUGGCCUGCCGGGACAUCGGCGGCUCGGACCCCGAGCGCAUGGCUGCUCCUCGGGUGGCGGACUACGUGCAGGAGCUCUUCAAGGACAGCCCCGUGACGGUGGAAGUGGUGAGCAAAGUGAAGGUCCUGGAGAAGGAGUAUCCCUGUCUGGCUGCCGUCAACCGCUGUGCCGACUGUGUUCCCCGUCACCAGGCCAGAGUGAUCAAGCUGCAGUACUGCGGGGAGGGGCCGGUGCAGAAGACGCUCAUGUUGGUGGGAAAGGGCAUCACCUACGACACCGGCGGAGCCGACAUCAAGGCCGGAGGCUUCAUGGCCGGGAUGCACAGGGACAAGUGUGGAGCUGCUGCCGUGGCCGGCUUCUUUCAGAUUUUAGCCAAACUGAAGCCAAAGCAUCUGAAGGUCGUCGGCGCCAUGGCCAUGGUGAGGAACAGCGUCGGCGCAGACUGCUACGUGGCCGAUGAGCUGGUGGUGUCCCGGGCGGGUCGCAGGGUGAGGGUGGGGAACACCGACGCAGAGGGACGCAUGGUGAUGGUCGACCUGCUUUGCGAGAUGAAGGAGAAGGCGGUACGGGAGACGUCUCCUGAGCUGUUUACUAUCGCUACUCUGACUGGUCACGCCAUCAGAGCCAUGGGACCCGACUACUCUAUCAUCAUGGAUAACGGACCGGCCCAUCGCAACCACAAUGCUGCUAAUUGGCAGAAAGCCGGAGAGGCGUUGGGCGACGUGUUCGAGGUGUCCAGUAUCAGAAGGGAGGACUACGACUUCCACAAGGGAAAGUCUGAGUACGAGGAUAUUCUGCAGAGCAACAACCUGCCGUCCUCGUCAACUCCUCGAGGACAUCAGGCCCCCGCAGCGUUCCUCAUCAUGGCCGCGGGGCUGGACAAGCACGGUGUGGAUUCCAGGGCACCUCUGCCCUACUCCCACGUUGACAUCGCCGGGUCGAGCGGCCCGUUCCCCGGCGUGCCAACAGGAGCCCCCAUCCUCGCCAUGGCAACCAACUACAUCCUGUCGGACCGUCUCUAGACGGGCGCCCUCCGAGUAGACAGGCCGCGCGGUCUGCAAAUUAAAUUUGGAAACGUCCAAAUGGAAAUGAAAUCCCUGCCACAACACAUAAUGUCAAUUCUGUAAGUCUGACGUCAGAUUGCUUCUCUGCAAACAUGUUCUUUGAUCCAUUUUUUCUAAGAUCUUGCGACUCAUCCUGCCUGCAUCCAGUGUCGGAGGAUCCUGUUCUUAAGUGAUCGUAUAUAUGGUGCGAUGGCAGUGUAAAAUGACCAUCCUUUUUUAUAUGCGGCAAACAGAGAACAUGAUUGUGUGAUUAGUGAUGCUGAUUGUCAGUAAAACAAAACACCGCCGUGAUCAAUAAAACAAACAUGAAAGGGC